UUGGUGAGGAUGAGCGGAGCUUUAUAACUGCUCCGAAGUUCGGAGAGAUGCAACCAGCGGCAGACUUUACCUGGUUCCCGCCCGGUGAUCUUCUGUUUCUUCAUCUGCUCCUCACCUGAGCAAACCUUGACCUCCCCUGCGGAUCUCACCUCCGGCUACUCCUUCAUCAUUAUGAGGACACUGACCUGUCUGUCGCUUCUCCUGGUCUCCGUUUUCCUUUUCCUGGAGCACGGGGACGCCGCUGUCAUCACAGGGGCUUGUGAAAGGGAUGUUCAGUGUGGAAGAGGGACGUGUUGUGCAGUGAGUAUUUGGAUGCAAGGCCUUCGUAUAUGUACUCCUCUUGGCACUCGGGGUGAAAAUUGUCAUCCAGCAAGUCGUAAAGUUCCGUUUGCUGGCCUAAGAUUGCAUAACACAUGUCCAUGCCAAUCAAACCUAGCCUGUAAGACGUUGCCCGAUGGCAAAUACCAGUGCAUGUGAAGCUAAAAGAGGCAAAGAUUAUUUUUAUUUGAAGAUUUCAAGAAAUGCUGUUGCAAUUGAUUAAUUUAUGCUCUCAGAUUGUAUACUUGAAACCUUUUUUUGAAGCUAAAUUCCAAAAAGUUGCAACUAUUAGCUCUUGUUGCCCUUAUCUUCCAAUCAGAAUUUCUGUUUCAUUUAUUUAACUGACAAAUAAUCCUUGAUUUUGAAAAACAAACGACCCAAAUGGCAC